UGUGUGUUGUUUCAGAUGGUGGACGUGGAGGUUUGUGCCGGUGGAGAGAGCACCCGCAGAAAAAUGGAUGCCCUGACAGAUAGUGCCGUGGAGAUUGUCCCUUUGGAGCUCUAUGAUUCCUCCAGAGCCAAAAUAGCUGCUAAUCUACAGUGGAUCUGUGCUAAAGCCUAUGGAAUAGAUAAUAUCCCAGAAGAGCUGAAGGACCCAUUUUACAUAGAUCAGUAUGAGCAAGAACAUAUUAAGCCACCUGUCAUCAAGCUGUUGUUGUCCAGCGAGCUGUACUGUCGUGUCUGUAGCCUCAUCCUGAAAGGGGAUCAGGUGGCUUCUCUGCAGGGACACCAGUCAGUGAGUCAGGCUCUGUCUCGGAAAGGGAUUUACGUCAUGGAGAGUGAUGAUACACCUGUGUCUGAAUCUGAUCUUGGCUCUGCACCAAUCAAAAUGGGUUCUCAUAUGGCAAUGAUUGAUGCUCUGAUGAUGGCAUACACUGUAGAAAUGAUCAGCAUCGAAAAGGUGGUUGCUAGUGUCAAACGGUUUUCUACAUUCAGUGCCUCAAAGGAACUACCCUAUGAUCUGGAAGAUGCAAUGGUGUUCUGGAUUAAUAAGGUUAACCUUAAAAUGAGAGAAAUAACAGAGAAAGAGUUCAAAUUAAAACAGCAAUUAAUGGAAAGCCCAGGUCACCAAAAGUCUCCUUCCAAAUGGUAUUGGAAAUUAGUACCUGUUCGUUAUCGUCGAGAUCAUCUUUCAAGCAGGCAAUUACCGUACUUCCCUAUGCUUGAAGAUCUCAUGAAGGAUGGCAGCGAUGGUGCAGCUCUUCUAGCUGUCAUACACUACUAUUGUCCAGAACAAAUGAAGCUAGAUGAUAUCUGUUUGAAGGAGGUAACCUCAAUUGCAGACAGCCUCUAUAAUAUUCAGCUUCUGAAAGAAUUCUCAAACGAAUAUCUAAAUAAAUGUUUUUACCUCACAUUAGAGGACAUGCUAUAUGCUCCUUUAGUUCUAAAGCCCAAUGUCAUGGUUUUCAUUGCGGAACUAUUCUGGUGGUUUGAGAACGUCAAGCCAGACUUCGUACAGCCCAGGGACAUUCAAGAAAUAAAAGAUGCUAAAACGGUAUUGCAGCAGAAGAGCAGUCGUCCUCCUGUUCCUAUUUCCAAUGCAACCAAACGAAGUUUCAUGGCUAGUCCAGCUAAUACCAGUUCAGCAGACCUGCAGCCUUCAAUUCAGCUCCCACCAGAAGCUUGCAACAGGUAUUACCUGCACCCUGAAGAAUCUGAAUAUCUUGGCAAAGGGACCCCUGCCUUUAGCCCCUCCCAUCCAUUGCUGCCCUUGAGACAGAAGCAACAAAAAUCAUUGCAGGAAGAAGAUAGCUCAGGCCAUCGUCAUCGUUCUAAUUCUUUGACUCGAGUUGAUGGGCAGCCACGAGGUUCAGUUCUUGCGUGGCCAGAGAAAAAACCUAGGCCUCUGUCUCAGCCAACGCCAUUUGCUCUUCAUCAUUCUACAAGUAGCGAGGUGGACCCUGGUUCUGGCGAUAGCAUCAGCCUGGCUAGAUCAAUCAGCAAAGACAGUCUAGCUUCCAAUAUCAUCAAUCUAACUCCAAAACACCAGCCUCACGCUGCAUCAGUUAAAACAAAUGGAAAGAGUUUGCUGAACAACGUUGAAAUAGAAGAUGAGGAUGAAGAACUCGUUGCAAUAAUCAAAUCAGAUGAAACACCAAGCCAUGGUGUCCCUGAACUUCCGAGUACAUCCUCCAGGGCACCCACCCUAGCUGCAACCACGUGGUCUCCAAAAACGCAAAGCGAGGCCUUGGAAAGCAAAACAGAUAGUUUUUACUUGGAGCCUUUAUUGCCUGCAGUCCUAAAACCAGCAAAGGAGAAACAAAUAAUCAACAAAGUGGAUGAGUGUGGAGAAGGGAAACAAAGGAGUUUCUUAACAAAGAGACUAAAUGAGGGACACUUGCCUUUGUCUCGCAAGAAAGCAAGCAGCAGUCAUGGGGACCAUGAUCUCAAUAGGACUUUUACUCCAAUAUCUAGUUCAGAUUUCACUACAGUUGCAGAUCCUAGUACUGCAGACUCGAUGACGCUCUCAGAUGCUGUAUUAGAAGUCUCUAGGCCUUUAGCUACUAGCAGCUUGGAUCCUUCAGUUCAGGAGCAAUCCUUUGGAGGCUUCUUUCUUCAUGCUGCUAAAUCUGAUGAAGACAUUGCAAGCAAAGCAAAUAUCAACUAUUUGAAAGGUAUUAAUGCACACGUACCAGAUACUACAUGGACUAUGGUGAGACAUGAUUCUGAUUCAGAUCUCCUAGAUAUAGAGGAUGCUGAACAGGACAUGGUAAUGGUAGAUGACCACCCAGUAGUUGCGAAAUAUAUAGGGGAAGAGGAAUCUGCAAAGUUACAGGAGGAUAUGAAGGUGAAGGAACAUGAAGAUAAGGAUGAUGCUAGUGGGCGUUCAAGUCCAUGCCUGAGUACUAUUUCUCAAAUUAGCAGCGUGUCUUUGACUAGUGGGAGUGUCAGAAUGACUAACUUUGCAGAACGGAAGCUCCAGAGACUUAACAGUUAUGAAACAAAAUCUAGUACAAGUAGUUCCCAGAAGACCACACCAGAUGGAUCAGAGAGCUGCCCAGCACCGUUGACUACGUGGAAACAGAAGCGAGAGCAAAGUCCCAACAGGCAACAUAAAGACAAUGUCAAUGUCUUGGCUUCUGAAUUGGUACAACUCCAUAUGCAGUUGGAGGAGAAGCGAAGGGCAAUAGAAGCUCAAAAGAAAAAAAUGGAAGCUCUGUCAGCUAGGCAGCGACUGAAGCUGGGCAAGGCAGCUUUCUUGCACGUUGUUAAAAAAGGGAAACCUGUUGAUGUCCCGCAGCCACUUAAACCAGAACACUUUCCAAAAGAAUAUUCUCGGCACGGUGGGGAAGACCUAGAUGAAGUUUCCUUAAGUUCUAAGUCUGAGGAGUUUCUUGCAAAAGAGGAGGAGAGAGAAGAAAUGUUUAUUGAUUCACAAGAAGUGACAAUAGCGAAAAUGCAAGAAAACUUGGCUUUCGCUGAGCAACACAAACCGAAAGAAUCUGCUGCUAUACAUGAGAUAGAAAAAAGCAAGAUUAUUUCUGCUGCUCUUCUAGAAGAUAAUGUUGCUGAAGUGGACGUUAAUGAAUGUGAUCUUUCAAUUGAAAAGCUAAAUGAAACAAUCAGUACGCUUCAGCAGGCUAUAUUAAAGAUUUCUCAGCAACAGGAACUUCUUAUGAAAACUCCAACAGUACCAUCACCCAGUACCAGAAGUAACUCACAGGACCAAAAGGUAAAACCAUCCAUUCAUUUUGUUGAGCCUCUUUCUCCAACUGGAAUGAGCAGUCUUCGUAAGCCACCUCGAUUUGGUCAAGGACGAAGUCCUCGCUCAGGAAGACCAGCUGACUUGAAAGUUGCUAAAGAUAGACAGCAAAACGCAACGCGUAUUAAAACUCCAACCCAAAGCAUAGAAACACUACCACAUUUAAGAUCAUUUCCAUCUAGCAAUCCAUCUAGAACACCAACAGAAACUAGUUUUGAAAAUAGUCCAGAUCAUGGAAGUGUCCCUCAAGAAAAGUGUUUCUUUGACAGCUAUAGACUCCGUGACGAAAGUAAUCAACGGGCAUUUGGUCUCUCCACUUCCAAAGAUGCAAACAUUAUCUCUGAAAUGAGCAAAGAUGUGACCAGUGAUUUUAAAGAAGCCGGGUUAAAUUCUUCAGAUGGCUCAGGAAAAGAAAACGUUCCAGUGGAAGAACCGCUGCGAAGCAAGGCAAAUCUCAUUGAAGUAGACUUGUCUGACUUAAAAGCCCCAGAUGAAGGAGACCUUGAAAGCCAAGGGAGCUCUACAGACAUCAUCAGCGAAAGUGAUCAGAAGUCUGGAGUGGGGUUUUUCUUCAAGGAUGAACAAAAAGCAGAAGAUGAACUAGCAAAAAAGCGUGCAGCAUUCCUUUUAAAACAGCAACGCAAAGCUGAAGAGGCUCGGCUCCGAAAACAGCAGUUGGAAGCUGAAGUUGAACAAAAAAGAGAUGAAGCCCGCCGCAAAGCUGAAGAAGACCGAAUAAGGAAAGAAGAAGAGAAGGCUCGAAGGGAACUCAUCAAACAAGAGUAUUUGAGGAAAAAACAGCAGCAGAUAUUAGAAGAGCAAGGGCUUGGAAAACCUAAAUCAAAACCCAAGAAACCUAGGCCAAAGUCUGUUCAUCGGGAAGAGUCAUACAGCGAUUCGGGGACAAAGUGUUCUUCCACGCCUGAUAACUUAAGCAGUGCUCAGUCCGGUUCCAGUCUGUCUUUGGCAUCAGCAGCAACAACUGAACCCGAAAGCGUACAUUCUGGUGGCACUCCAUCCCAGCGAGUUGAAUCAAUGGAAUCCUUACCGAUACUGAGCAGGAAUCCAAGCAGGAACACAGAGCGAGACUGGGAAAACGCUUCAACUGCAUCCUCAAUUGCUUCAGUGGCAGAAUACACAGGUCCAAAGCUGUUUAAAGAACCCAGCAGCAAGUCAAAUAAACCAAUCAUUCACAAUGCUAUAUCCCACUGCUGUCUGGCUGGAAAAGUGAAUGAACCACAUAAGAACUCAAUAUUGGAGGAACUUGAGAAGUGUGAUGCCAACCACUACAUCAUUUUGUUCCGUGAUGCUGGUUGCCAGUUUAGAGCACUUUACUGCUACUACCCUGACACAGAAGAGAUCUAUAAGCUGACUGGAACAGGGCCAAAGAGCAUCACCAAGAAAAUGAUCGACAAGCUUUACAAAUACAGUUCAGACAGAAAACAGUUUAACGUGAUUCCAGCCAAAACCAUGUCCGUCAGCGUGGAUGCUCUCACAAUCCAUAACCAUUUGUGGCAAGCCAAGCGACCUGCAGUGCCAAAGAAGACUCAGACUCGGAAAUGACACUGAAUUCUUGGGGAGAAGAAUGGGAUUGUGUUGAAAGAAGAAAUGUUUACCAUUUUGCUCCAGUUUGGUAUGAAAUGUGCAGAACCAUAACCAGUUUUUUUAAGAAGCUUCUCAACAAAAUCUGUGGAUGCAAGUAAAUAAGAAUGAAGGAACAAUGCCAGUGUUUUUGGAGAGUGAUGAAUCUGCUGUUACACCCGGCACUAACUACUGAGGCUUUCAAAAGAGAGACAGUGCAUGUAGCAAGAUCUAUAACAAGUGGAUUUCCUUUUACUUGAAGUUUGCAUUGGUACAAAUUGGGAAUAAUUAAGUUUUGUUUCCUCUCCAUCUCAUUCCUUCCUCUUUCCGUGUCGCUUUUAAAGUUGGCAAUCUCUGAACUUCAGUAGAAGCAUUGAACAGAUCUUGGGUGAUGACUUUUUUUUUUUCCUUUUGGAAAAAAAAUAGCCUUUAGGGGGGAAAAUGUCCUUUUGAGACUCUUUUUUUUGAGGAGCUGUAUAAUAUAUCAUAUUGUUGUACUGUAUUUACUGCCAACAUUAAGUCCAGCUCUCAGAUUUCUGAAAACCCCCCAGCCUGUGCUGCUCUGAACAAGGUUUACUUGUAGUAUCAGUUCACUGCAAAGAUUGCAGGGUCUUUUAUAAAAAAAAAAAAAAAAUUAAUAACGGUGAAUUUAAAUAUGAAUAUUUCUGAAACACAAUCAUGAAGAGGCAUACAGGUGCUACUAGCUGGAAUAUGCCUGGUCUAAACUUGAGGCAAGCUGAAUGGAGCACAGUUGUCAUUGAUUUCAGUUCCAGGUAGUGUCCGAGGAUGUUUUGCUUUAAUAAAGACAGAUUCUGGUAGAUGUAGAACGUUUCCACGCUGAGCACGUUACUCCUGUACGAUGGUGCACUUAAUGAUCACAAAUUGUAAUGUUUUUAUUCUGUCAUGAAAUGUAAUUCUACUUUCUUUGUCCUGUCUUUAUUCUGAAUGAGCAGCAUGCUCUAAAAUGGAGUGUGUUUGGUUUUUUGGGGUUUUUUUUAAAUUUUGGGGUGAUUAUAUUAAUAUAUAUAUUGAUUUGUUUUUCUCAUUUAAAAGCAAUUUUUAAACAAAAAUUUGCAUUCGUUUCAAAAGCCCAAAAAAAGUCGAAUGGCUUUGAUUUCUUUUCAUGUUGAAAUAUUAAAUCUUGAGUUAUGACCUGAAAAUCUGUGUGUGUUUCAGCAGAUCAGAUUUUUUAUUUCUGGGGCAGCAGGGUUUAUUAUAUUUGCAGUUCUUGUCCAUUCUUUCAUGUGACACUUCCCCUUUUUCCCCUGCUUUAAAGUAACUCUAAUUCUUGAACUACAGUGCAACUUAUCUGUCAGUACGGUCCAGCUACAUCUUUCUUUGACACGACUACCUGAGGGUUUUGUAGGUUUAUAUCUUUGGUUUGCACAUGUUUACUUUUAUUUGAAGUGUUACUUGAAUAUGUAUCUCGCAGUGCCCAUGGCACUACACCGGUUCUAGAGAGAAACUGAAGCGCUGAAGUACGAGACAGUGUAAUUAUUAAAUUUUAAAAAUAAUGGGAGUUGAAAAGUGAGUUUUGUACAGAAGGGGGAAAUAGGGUACAUAAUAAACUGUUCAGUAGAGGAAAGUGAAGGUCUUCCAUUGCAAUCUUCUCAGUUCUUUCCCCUUUUGGAUACUUUUUAAAUAGGCUGCUGCGACAUAUUGUACAUUUUGUUAGAUAGCUGGCUGCCUGUAAAUAACUAAAGGCUUUAUGAUUUCUAAAGUGCUAAGUAUUAAACACCAUCAUGAGUGUAAUUUUUCUGUUAUCAUGCUUUCCAUGCUUGUGCUUUAUUUCUCACUGUUUGAUAUUAUAUACCAUAUUUAUUUUAUCAAAGCACUGAAAUUUAAUAAAAACCAUUAACUGA